AUAUCUUCCCAUACUUAUCGAUCACGUCAUCAUCUCCUUUGUCGGAUACGAAACCGAACCCUCCCCUUCUUUAAAUCCACACCUGCCUUUGUCCGAAUCUCUCUCUCCACUCGAGAAAGAAAGUAAAAAUGGCAACGACCCAGCUCAAAUCAGAUGCGAUCAUGGAUAUGAUGAAGCAGCAUCUCUCCACCGACGCCGGUAAAGAGCUCACAGAGAAGAUCGGCCUCGUUUAUCAGAUCAACGUCGCUCCCAAGAAAUUGGGGUUUGAAGAGGUUACCUACAUCGUUGAUCUGAAGAAAGGAGAAGUCACCAAAGGAAAAUACGAAGGAGGGAAAGUGGAUGCUACUUUCUCCUUCAAAGAUGAUGACUUUGUCAAAGUUGCUACUGGCAAGAUGAAUCCUCAGAUUGCUUUCAUUAGGGGUGCGAUGAAGAUCAAGGGUAGUCUCAGUGCUGCGCAGAAGUUCACCCCUGACAUUUUCCCCAAGCCUUCAAAGCUGUGAACACCAAUAAGAAUGGUACUGCAAACCCCUUUGACCCAGGCUCAAUUUAUGUCUUUCAAAAGGGUUUGUUUACCGUUUUAGCUUGUGGGGGUGGAUUUUUUUUUUAAAGAAGAAGCAAUGUUUAAGAACUAGUCGCUAGAAAUAAAGGUCUCUUCAAGUAUCGUUGUAUGGUUCUGGUUCAAAUUGGUGUUUGGUUUAAUAAUACACUAAAACAUUUGCUUUGAAUAGAAAUUCUAUGUUGUCUGAACC